AUGUGCCGACAGGUCAGGCUGCAUUUUGAGCCGUGCGGGCAUUUUAUCAAGAUCAAGGUUGUUAGAUGUCAUAGUCGACACUGCGGCUUUGUGCCUGGGCGGGAGAAUAAUAGGGCGAUUACGGAGAGAAAGUACACUGAUAACUUUCGGAGGUAUCCGGGGUGUCCGGAUGAGAGGUGUCAGUAUUAUUGGGAUGGGUGGCAUGCUUCCAAGGGGGGGAGGGAGGAGAGUGAGGGUUAUGAGGGGGAGAGAAGGGGGGAGAGGGAACGGAGGAUGGGGAGGGAGAGGGAGAGGGAGAGGGAGAGGGAGAGGGAGAGGGAGAGGGAGAGGGAGAGGGAGAGGGUGUAUUAUUGA